GUGAUUUUUCAUACUAGUUCUUUUAUGCUAGCUUCAGCAAUGUAUGAGAAGGUGUGUGUGCCCCAAUCAUGUCAACACACAAACACAUUUGGUGGGAUGUCCAUACCCCAAGCAUCUCCAUUUGGAGAGGCACUGUCUGGAGCUGGGUCGCAUCUCUUGAAAACUGAACUGGGUGCUUGUGGUGAGAGGAUAUUAGGCUCUGGCUCUGCAUAUAUGCAAACCAAUAUUGGCAGGUAUUUCUCAAACCCCCAUUACUAUUUUCAGGUGAAUGAUGAGUACGUGAAAAACAAAUUGAAAGUCAUCCUCUUCCCAUUUCUACACAGAGGGCAUUGGAUGAGAACAAAUGAGGCAUCAGGGGGUGAAUUCUCCUUCAAACCUCCAAUAUAUGAUAUAAAUGCACCAGACUUGUACAUCCCUUUGAUGGCAUUUGGCACCUACUUAGUUCUUGCUGGCUUUUUUUUGGGCAUCAAUGGGAAGUUUAGCCCGGAAGCUUUGGGAAUGCAAUUUUCUGAUGGGCUUUUGGGUUGGUUUUUGGAAGUCCUCCUCCUUGAAGCUACAUUACACUCCUUAGGAGGGGGAGAUGUACCGAUCCUGGAUGUAGUUGCCUAUGGUGGAUAUACUUUCACACCCUUAUCCGUGGUCCUGCUGGCUAAAAUUGUGUCAAGUUACUGUUUUUAUGCUGUCACGUUAUGGGGGUGCUUCUGUACUGGAGUGUUCUUGGUGAAGACCAUCAAGAGGAUUUUGAUUGCUGAGGUUACAAGUUAUGAGAAGAACUCGAGCAAGCGAAACUACCUCUUGCUUUUAGUGGCCAUGACUCAGAUGCCUCUCCUAUUUUGGCUUGGAAAUAUUCGAGUCUAAGCUUUACUAAGCCUAUGAACCCUAUUCAAAAUGUUUAGCAUCCUGGUGUGGAAUUUCAAACCAGAACACCAAUUGCAUAUUUGAUACUAUAGCAAGCAGGCUGGCCUGCUAGACUGCUAGCCUUUGGUCCUGGCUUUACCAAAAAUCAGGUGUUCCAUUUAGGAUUAUUCUUCUCUUCAAGAGACAAUUUCCAAUUGCUAUGUUCACAUAUUGUUAUAAAUUUGAAAAUAUUUCA